AGGGUUGAUCAUCAGUUUCAGUACCUACAUUUACACAUACAUUAUCAACUCAAAAGUGAAAGAGAGAAUGGCCAUGGCAACUAAGUUAGUUUCUACUUUCGCCAUCUUUUUCUUUCUAGCUCUGGUGAUCUCUGAAAUGCCUAAGACAGAAGCGCAUGAUGAACAGUGCCUCAAAGAAUACGUCGAUGCGCCUCCAAGCUUUUGUACGGCUAGGAUAUAUCCGUCAUUGUGUUAUUAUAAAUGCCAAUCUGACAAAGGCGCCAAAGGUGGGAAAUGCUACCGAAAAAUCGGGGGAGAUGACAAUCCACUUAUAUGCUUCUGCAACUUCUGCAGCGACAAACCUACCGAUCAGUUUCUAAGCUAUGUUUGAAUCUUGCAUGUGUAAUGAAAGAAUCAAAGGUAAUUUGGCCCAAGAAAUAAUGUAACAAUGAAUAAUUAAAAUAAAAAUAAGAAACGCUAGACGUUUCACGUUUGCUUGUGAA